GAAAACCCAGAGUUGGUGGAUGCCAUUGGAUGAGAUUGGGGAUGUUGGGGAGGUGCUUGAAGCUCUCUUCUUUCAUCAAACAUAUCUGCUUCGUAUUAAGGGAGUUUUUAUACAUUGCGAGGGGUGCAUAGGUUAUGAGAUAUAUCUCAUGUGAAGCGUCUUAUUCUCUUUGGGCUUCAAACCAACUUUCUGUCAACAACAAACAGACGCGAAGCUGCCAAACACAAUCUCGUAUGAAACAUAUCAACAAUCUUGAAGGACCAUGGAAGAGUUACCGACAGAGCUCAACAUCGUGACGCUCAAUUGCUGGGGCCUCAAAUUCAUCUCCAAGCUGCGCAAUGAACGCUUGGCCGAAAUCGGACGUCAACUUGCGAUAGCAGACCCUUCACCACACAUCGUCUGCUUACAAGAAUGCUUCACUCAGGAGGAUUACAAGGCCAUCCGACGUGAGACGCGCUUCAUUCUCCCCUAUGGGAAGUUUUACUUCAGCGGGCCUUUCGGAGGAGGGCUCGCCAUUCUCUCAAAAUGGCCGAUUGAAGAGAGCACUCUGUUUCGCUACCCACUGAACGGCCGGCCGACGGCUUUCUGGCGUGGAGAUUGGUAUGUCGGAAAAGGGGUGGCCUGCGCAAAGAUUCGCUAUGGGCCGGCGGCGAAGCAGGUGAUUGAGGUGUUCUGUACUCACACUCACUCGCCGUAUGAGGCUGGUCAACCCGACGAUUCAUAUCUCGCCCAGAGACUCGCGCAGUCAUGGGAGAUAUCAAAACUGCUUCGCGGAGCUGCUGAGCGUGGUCAUCUGGUGCUUGGUUGCGGCGACUUCAACAUGGUUCCCAUGUCACUGGAACAUCAACUUGUUACCGCCAACACACCUGUUCGCGAUGUCUGGCGGGUUUUGCACCCAGACAGCUCUCUCGGGCCAGCAGAUCACCCGGCCGAAAAGGCUCGCCGCCGCCCAAUACCAACUGCAGGGUUCAACAUUGAGGAGAAUGGCGCCGCUUCAGACGGUCCAUAUUGCACAUGGCGGUGGACCAAAGAACAGCAGAAGCUCCUCGGGCCAGGAAAACCCCCAGUCACCGUCCCCCCUGACACUAUCGACCGCCGCGGCAAACGCCUCGACUACAUCUUCGCCGGCUCAGGCGACAUCGCCUCCCUCAACGGCGGCUGGGUCGUCAAGGCCGCCCGCGUAGGCAUGAUGAUGCGCCACCCAGAACUAGGCUGCUCCCUCAGCGACCACUUUGCUGUCGAAGCCACCCUCGCCUUCCACCCUCUGUCCUCCUCGGCACAGUCCAGCAGUAAAGCACCGCCAAACGGCAACAAGCCCGCCCCCGCGGACGAGUCACUCAUCCUCAAAGCGCCCCCCAAAAUCCGCCAACCUGGCCAAGACGACGCCAGCACCAUCCCCGACACCGACGACAAGUACGUCCAAGACGGAACCUACCUCCAGUCUCCCACCCCCUCGUCCAUCAGGGACAAUUCUUCAUUUGACGCCCAGCUUUUGUCCUUCCUGACCGCCGAUCACCUCCAGCUACCAACCUCGGCGUAUGAUUUUAUUUUGCAGGAGAUCCACAAGUAUAGACUCCGGGAGGAGAAGCAGAAGAAGUGGAGGGGGUGGCACUUUUUUGGGUCGUUGGCUGUGUUGGUCGGCUGUUUGGUUGGGGUGUGGUGGUCACCGGCGAACUAUGUCGCUUUUGUGCUGGUGCUGGUGAGCAGCUUGAGCCUUGUCGCGGGAACGGUGGAUGGGUUGAUGAGUUUGUUGUUUUUCAGGAGCGAGCUGGGGGCGUUGAGGGAGUUUGAGUGGGAGGUUGUGAAUGCUAAGCUGAGUGCUGGGGAUAGGGUGCCGACUGCGGAUGGGGAGGGCGAGGAGAGAGGGUGGUGAUGUUCGUGUAGGAAAAGGAGAAGAAGGUUGGGUGGGAUAAUAAUUAAUUCAUAAUAAUGGAAGAGGUGGGGGUGAUGAGACGGAUGAUGUGCAUGAGGUGUUUAUAUACCCGGGGAGCUAUCUAGUCACGAGUAAUAUCAUUUUCUAUCCCCAUUUCCAUACCUUGACAGCUAUCAACAUGGUCAUCUUACUUUAGGCAUUACGUUACUGCUCAUCAACACGCUACCCAUCCAACCC